GCGGCAAGAUAAUCAGCUGCUCCAGCGUCCCCCGCAAACCAAUCGGCAGCAACAGCUACUGCUCCCGCGUCUCCCGAACACUGCGUCAUCUCACCCCUUCCAGUUACUAGAGACAUGAGCUUUGAUCGGAUUAGAUGUGGAAGGCAUGGCGGUUAUGCAGCACAGUCAAUCUCCGGCGGCAUCCAAGGCGAGAACCUAAGAUUAGAUGCCAAGGUUAUGCUAAUAGUGUUUCAGAGCUGAACUCCAACGCGAGGAGCUUGUUGAAAGAUGAAAUCUGCUACACUGGGGAGAAGAAAGAGAGCAUCUCUCUUUCCAGUUCAAACAUCGUUGUCUCUUCACAAUGCAUUGGAUUGAGUUUGGACCAAAAAACUGGAGAGAAGUGCCUAGCCAAUUCCCAUUCGGAUAUAAAGCUGUGCACUGGAAUUGUAAAGCUGGUUAUAGACAAGUGCUCUUAUAUUUUUCAUAGUAAAGGGGGCAUCACUUUUGAUGGGAACUGCAUAUUGCAAGAUGUUCUUAAGCUUGGUUUCUGGCUCUCACCAGAGACCCUCCGCCCAUUUUGGCGUGCUUCAGAGCUGAAGCCUGAUGAUUUCUUUAACAUCUUGAUUGGCUUUGGGCCGGAUGCUGCAGAAGUGAAGAAGGCAAGGUUUUUGUGGAAAUUGUACCAGUGGGCUUCAUGGCAGAGCAAGGCAUUCCAACAUCUUCCAAGAUCGAAUGAAAUCAUGGUGUCAAUACUUGCAGAUUCUCAGAUGCUUAGCCAAGCGGAAUCAUUGCUUCUCCUGUUGGAUGACAAUAGGGCUCUGGUUGAUUCAAACAUACUAUUCAGUCAGGUUAUCCAGGCAUAUGCAGAAGUUGGCAACCUUGGCAAGUCAAUGUCACUUUAUGAUUGUGCACGUCAUAAGUGCUUGAUUCCUUCAGCCUCAUGCUACCAAGUACUACUUCAUCUUCUGAUGGAAAGGAGAAAAAAUGAGUUAGUUUUAAGAGUGUAUUUGGACAUGCUUGGAGUUGGAUUAGGUUCUUACACGGAAGGAACUAUUCUUGAUGUUGUUGUCAAGGCUUUAAUCAAGAAAGACAAAUUUUUGCAAGCUAUCAGUAUAAUUCGGCAGUUAAAAGGUUUGGACUUUCAAUUAAGCAAGGUAUCCUUAUCAGCUGUCACAGAAGAAUUUUGCAAGAAGAAGGACAUUGGAGACAUGGUGAAUUUCUUAGAAGAGUGGAGGUAUCUACCUGACUUGCCUCUCUGCAAUAGAAUUAUUGCCUCUUUAUGUGCAAAUACUGGCACUGAUGAGGCAUGGUUGGUUUUCCAAAAAUUGGAGACCUUAGGGUUUGUGCCAGAUGCAACUACUUUUGGAAUCUUCAUUUGUCAUAGCUGUAGAGAAUUGAAGCUGAAGGCUGCAUUCCUAUAUUUGUCUGAGUGUUUUGCUAGACAUAUUAAUCCUAAAGCUUGUUCUUAUAAUGCUAUUAUAGGUGGUAUAUUUAGGGAGGGAUUAUACAGGCAUGCAAAAUAUGUCUUUGAAGACAUGGCUGAAAGAAAAAUAAUUCCAGAACUGUUAACAUACAAGGUACUUUUGGCAGGAUAUUGCAGAUAUAGGCAGUUUGAUGAAAUAGAACAAACCUUGAGGGCCAUGGAAACCAAUGGUGUAAAUGAUAUCCCAUCUGGAAAUUGCGUGCUUUCUAGGGCCUUAUCAUUCUUGGGGCUAGACCACCUGGGGGUUAAAGUAAAGAGAGAUAAUGCUGCAGGCUAUCCAAAGGCUGAGUUUUUUGAUUCAGUAGGUAAUGGUCUAUAUUUGGACACUGACUCCAGAAAGUUUGAGGCUUCAUUGUUACAGAUUAUUGAUAAUGCGCAUCACCCAGACAUUGGCUUGAAUUUAGUCCGUGCAUGUCAGCAAGGUGAUAUCGCAAGUGCUCUUGUACUCAAAGAUGAAACUUUUCAAUGGGGACAUGACAUUUCACCAGCUAGCUACUCAGAACUAUUAAAGGCCUUAUGCAUGAGCCCUGCUCAUUUAGUGGAUGCCAUUAACCUUAUUGAGGAGAUGGCUGAUACACCUGAUAAAUUUGGUGCUGAAAAUCUAAAUCUGGUUGUCCAAACAUUGAGUAGGAAUGGGAGGUCAGCUCAUGCAAGGUUAGUUUUGGACAGAUUGUUUAGAGGUGGCUUGCCAGUCAGUCAUGAUACCUAUACUUAUUUGAUGAUAGGGUUCUGCACAGAAAGGAACAUAGCAGGAUUUUGGGAAUGUUGGAAUCUGGCAACUAUGCAUGGUUGGUCACCUGGUAGCAGGGAUGUGACCCCUCUCAUCAGUCACUUGGGAAAAUGGGGAGUGAUUGAGGAAGCCUUAGAGUUUAUCAGCACGUUGCUGGACUGCUACCCUAGUUUAUUUUUCAGUGCAUAUUGUCAACUUCUUGAGGAGUUAUGUAUGACAGGUUGCACUAAUAUUGGAUGUGCAAUGCUAGAGGCUCUCAUAGAAAAGGGUGUGGUCGUGGAUCCUUCGUUAAUUUGUAAUGUGAUGGAGGGGUUUCUAAAGGAGCAUAAAACUGCUGAAUCAAUUGGGAUGUAUGACAUGUUGCUUAACAGAAACAAUGUAUUAGAUGUGUCCACUUACCAAUUUGCAUUGUCUUCAGUAGCAAGAAUUGAUUCAGAACGAGUCAUGGACUUGGUACGAUCUAUGAUGAACAUGGAAUCUACUGAUUUCUCAACAUGCAUUUCUACCAUGAAGAAAUUAGUACAAUCAGGGAAAAUAGGCCAGGUAAUGCCAGUCUUUGAAGAAUUGAUUUUGGGGAAGAAGUUCAGUGCCACCUUGCUAAAUUCCUUCCUACAAGCAUAUUGUUGUUUAAAUAAUUGGAGAAAGGCAGCUUCAGUACUUUGCAUGAUGUUAAAGACGCAUAGUAACAUUUCUAUUUCCAGUUACCGCUUUCUUGUCCGCAGAAUGUGUGAGCAAAGUCGGAUUUCCAGUGCAUUCAGACUUAAAGAGCUGAUCCAAGGUAGGGACAAGUCAACAGGUCUAAUUUUAUACAAUAUUCUGAUUUUUUAUCUUUUCCGGGGAAGACAUAUUUUACAGGUUCACAAUUUGUUGAAGGACAUGAAAAGCAAUGGUUUUCCUCUAGACACGACCACUUACGACUUCCUUGUCAAUGGGUUUCACAAGUCUGGAGAUGUCGAUCAUUCAACUAAUAUGCUUGAUGCUUGCAUUGCUCAGGGAUUAAUGCCAAGCAAUCGCAGUCUCAGAGUAGUAUUGAGUCACCAUUGCAAGUUAGGAAACCUUGAGAAAUCACUAGAACUAUUUCAUCUAAUAGAAAGCAAUGGAUGGAAGCAUGGUUUAGUCAUUGAGACAACUCUCGUUUCAAGUCUUCUCUCAUCAGGAAGGUUUUCUGAAGCAACAUCAUGUCUGAACAGCCUGAGUAAAAGAGCAUUGAUUGGGUUUGACAUACAUUUUGAUGUCCUGAUCAAGGAAUUCUGCAUACUGGGAGACGUGGAAAUGUCUAUUAGUCUGCUAAAUACAAUGUUAAAGAAAGGCAAACUUCCGAGUGAAGUUAGCUACAACUCUGUUUUGUACAGGCUAUGUAUGUUGAAAGAAUUUGAUCAGGCACUUGAUUUUCUUGCUGAGAUGCAGUUGUCGAACCUAAAACCAAGUGACAUGUCCUGUGAUGUGCUUAUACAGGGCCUUUGUGCCAUGGGAAGAACAUGUGAUGCUAUGAAAAUUUUGGAAAUGCUGACCACCAUUGGCUCUUCACCAUCCUAUCACAUGUAUAGAGUUAUUUUUGAUAACUAUUGCAGGAGUAACAAUCUACAGAAGGCUGCAACACUUUUGCAUGGCAUGCAACAAGCUGGGUUCGCACCCAACUUUGAGAUGCAUUGGUCUGUUAUUAGUAAUUUAAGUAGUAAUGCUAAGAGGACUAUAGGAUAUGAGAACCCUAUUUUGUCCAACCUUAUUUCUUGAGCUCAAGUGAACUCCCCAUGAAGGAUAAUAGGUAAAAGACCAUUUGGUACAAAUAUAUAUACAAUGGUAGUGUCUGGUUUUCCAAAAGUGGUGAGCUGAUGAUUAUCAACUUGAACUCUAGACACUGGUGGAAUUGACAGAACUCCAUGAAAUCAAGCUAAUGCAAUUGAAUGUUCCAUUCAAAUCUGAAGGGUUAUGAACUUAAAGAUGAGCUGAAGCUACAGAUGCGGCCUUCUGCACCUCUGUAAAAGCGGAACAUUGGCAAUACAUGAACAUUGAGCCUCUGGCACAUCUCUUUGUGUUCAUUGCAGUUGACCAUAAGAAACUGCAGUUCUGGAUGCAUGCCGGCCAAUUGACAUACCUUUUGGGACAUUAUACAGAAAUGUGUUAUGACUUAGAAAUCUAAGUAUGAAAUGCAUUUUUCUUUGUUGGUUUAUGUUUGAGAAAAUUGUUUAAUACCAUGCUUGUG